UUCACAAUCAUCCUUAUUAGCUUGUUUUGUAACCUUUCUAGAAUGGAAAUGUUGGACGGAGCCAUCAAGAGAAAUGAGAAUGGAUGAUGGCUUAUAAAUAGUUGCAGGUUCUGAUGGGGACGUUAACUCCAAAAUAAUGCAUAAUCAGUUCAUUACACUCCAGGAACUGGAAUAUUUGAAUGUCAUGUGUAGAGAUUCAGAAUUCAGAGAAUUCAAACUAAACAAGAAAAUUUCCCUUGAUAGUAAACAGUUAUUGUUAAUUGAUAGGGACCUUGUCAAGAGUGAAACAGAGCAAGAUUUUGGGACUAAUGAAAGACUACAUACAGAAGAAAAACCCAUUCAGUGUAACGUCUGCUCCAAAUCAUUCACUCGCUUUAGUCACUUGAAGAACCACGAGAGAUCCCAUGAGAAAGAGACAUCACAUAGUUCUACAAAUGAUUUAGAUAGAAUUAGUUACAAAUCUGAAAUAUGUUCGAAAACAUUUUCUGAUAGUUCUGAUUUGAAAGUGCAUUCCAUAAUUCAUACAGAUCAAAACCCCUACAAGAGCGAAAUCUGUCCGAAAUCGUUUUCUGAUAGGUCUUCACUGGAUGCUCAUUUGGAGGGCUUGAAGGAGCCAAUGCCAGAGCUUGCGCUGUCUCGGCAACCAUUUUUGGAAUUAUCGGAUGUGGAGGAAUCAUCCUUGAAUACGGCAGUGAUGACACAUACACCUGCGAUACUAUCCCAGGUUAGCACCGAUGAUUCGUUUGAGCAUCUGAAAAAACGAAAACUGAGAAACAAAGAGGUAGAAAAACUGAAAGAGAAGGUGAAGAGGUCCAGAAGGCUGAAGCCAUUAUCCAGGAGGUUGAAGCCAUUAUCCAGGAGGUCGAAGCCAUUAUCCAAGAGGAAGGAGGGAAAGCAGAGUGUAUUUCACAAAAGAUGCGUUAAAAACAGAGCCAUUAUAGCCUGGCCAAAGGCAGCAAUUCCUCUGGUAGAAGUAAUUGCCAGACCAUCCUCCGCUGAAGCACCCGUCCACCUAGUGCAAGAGAAUGUAGAUGAACAUCGAGAAGAUGGAACCGCUACCCCACCACCAGCGCAGGACAGAACACCAAUCCCAACAGACAUUUCCCAGGCUUACGUUAUUCCAUCACCUACUCGAGAUGCCACUGUGGAAGUUCCUCUUUCGGAGACUGAAUCUGAGGACGGGGAUAUUAUACAAUGUACAUCCUACAUUCACUAUCUGAGAGAGGAAUUGAGAAUGAAGCUACAGCUCCAAAGCGAGUGCGCUUCCCGCCGGAGUGCCUGGAUUGCAGAAAUUGCAGACAUUCAGGCUCAGAAGCGAGAAUUAGAUGAGCGACUCUCUCGUAUUGAAGCGAAUCUUCAGGAGGAAGGUAAGCUCGAAAUAGAGAUAGAGGCUUACCUUGAAAAGCGCAAGUGUUGGGUGCGGCGAUGGAUUGACAUGUUUAGCGACAUCCUAAUCGAUGUGUAAAUAGUAUAUAAUGCAUUAUAAUAGACAAAAAGGAUAUUUUGACCAUUUUUAAAUUAUACAGCAGAAAACUUCAACUCAAAAUGAGGAAAAAUCUAAUAUAGUUUACAAAAUUCAUUGCAUGAAGUGUAACAAAUCAUAUAUUGGACAAACAUCAAGAACUCUAAAAAGUCGCAUAGUUUCUCAUAAAAGGGAUUGCAGGAGGAACAUAAACAGGUGUGCUUUAUCAGAACAUGUUAUUGAUAAUGACCAUAAAAUGGAUUACAACAAUUCCACUGUCCUUUAUACAAAAUCACACUUAUUAAAAAUAGUUUUUCCGGAAAUGGUAACCAUUAAUAAUGAUGAUAGAUCCAUGAAUAAAAGGGCUGAUUUGAACAAUCUCAGUCAAAUCUAUACUUACAUUAUCAAAUGUCAAAAAGAAAAAAUCACUUCUAAUCAAAAUUUUCCUCCUUAAAAUUAUUGUCACCGUCAGUCACUUCCAUCAAAACAAGAAAUUUUUUAUGUUUUGUAGAA